UGUGCAUCACAUGCACAGCAUGCAAGUGCAAAAAAAAAAAAGAAAGAAAAAAAAAGAAAGAAAGAAAGAAGGGAAAGCGCUAUGAUAUUUCCACACCUCGACCCCCUGCUCCCCCAUGAGCGCAGGGUGGUACAGUCCGGUCUCACAGAUUUCAUUCAUAAAAUUGUCGCUUCACUACAGAAGCGCAGGAGCGCCGGAGCUGUGCGGAUUAGUGCACUGGUGAAUUACAGCAAAAACCUUUUUAGAACAUAAAAAAAACAAACAAACCAUAUAUAUAGAUAUAUAACCACGACAUCUAUUAUCAGCACACGUGGUGCAGUUGAUAGUGUAGAAUCAGUGUUGCAGGAUUUUACUGAUUUGAUUGCAUUUGUUGUUAUUAUAAUAAGAAGAUGCCUAAAACCGGGUCCUCGUCUCGCGGCCAGCUGUCUGCCAAGGAGGCGCACGCGCAGAGCUCUGACGACGGUCCCUUCGUCCCCACGGUCACUGCCAUCGCCACGGCGCCUGAUCUGAAGUGGAUGGUCUUGUCCACUGACAUUUCAUCAGUCGGUCCCUGCAGCGGAGACAAGCAGAAGAAGACACACACACCUCAGAAGAAAGCACAUACACCUCAGAAGAAGACACACACCCAUCAGCUGAAGCGAGAACCCGAGACGGGUCACGGGUUCUCGGUGGGCCGGAGGAAAGCACAGAAAGAGCAGCUGUCUCCAGAGGAGGAGGAGAGGAGGAGACUCCGGAGAGAGAGAAACAAACUCGCAGCCGCAAAGUGCAGAAACCGCCGACGCCAACUGACCGACAGUCUGCAGGCCGAGACAGACAGUCUGGAGGAGGAGAAAGCUGCUCUGGAGGCUGAGAUCAGCGGUCUGAUGAAGGAGAAAGAGCAGCUGGAGCUUCUGCUUGUGUCCCACAAACCACACUGCAAAAUCCCCACUGAGAUGGAGGGAGAGGAGAAAAAGGAAGAAGAGAAAGAGGAAAAAGAGGUUUCUGACGAAAUAACUCAGAAAAAGUCUCCAGUUCUCCACGUCACAUCAACCUUGACCUCUUCUGUGACUCUAGAGAAGAUGGCUGCCUCUCCUGUUCCUGUCCACCAGGAGCCCGUGAUCUCAGGAGAUUCGGACGUGCUGCUGUGCUCCAGCGCCGAGUUGGAGCCCUACAUCGACAUCAAGGAUGUGGCCAUGGAGGAGCUUGGAUCCAAAAUAGAGUAUGAUGACGAUGACAUGGACCUGCUGGUGCCCGACAUCGACCUGAGCGCCUCGCUGGGCCUGAGCGAGUGGGAGACGCUCUACAUGAGCAUGGGAGGAAGUCUGGAACCACUGACAUUCGAUUUCAAUCAGGCCGAGGAGUGCGAGGGAGGGAAAAUGAAACCUGCAGCUGAAAACUCCACCCUGCUGACUUUAUGAAGAUCUGAGCUGAAGAAGAGACGAAAUUUAUAUACAGCAUUACAGAAGAUUCAUUUAUUUCUCUAAUCUCCAAUCUUAUUCAACCCACUCUCCAGCCAAACAUACUAACUCCAUCUGAAAUACCCUAAUCUCCGCCCAAAACAUCCUAAUCUCGACAAAAAUACCACAGAUCCCACCCAAAAUACCUUCAUCUCCACCCAAAAUAUCCUAAUCUUAACAAAAAUACCACAGAUCUCACCCAAAAUACUCUCAUUUACAAUGUAAAUGUAAAAUCUAAUUUCCUCCCAAAAUAAUCACGCAACUACUCUAAGCUCCACCUAAAUAUCAUAAUCUCUACCAAAAUUACCCUAAUAUCAGCUAAAAUGCCCUAAUCUAUACUCAAAUACCACAGGGUCCUCCCAAAAUACCAUGUUUACCAGCCCAAAUACUUGUUAUCAUGACCAAGUCCACCAAACCUACCCUAACCUCCACCUAAUUUGUAAUCUCUGUAAUCUAUACUAAUAUGGCCUAAUCUCCACCUAAUUUACUGUAAAAUCCACAAAAGUGGCCUACAAGCUAACCAAAAUGUGCUAAUAAAUUGCCAAACUACCCUAAUCUCUACCCAUGUACUAUAAUCUGCAAAAAAAAUACUUUGAAAUCCACCCAAAAUUACUGCAAUUUACAAACAAAAAAUCCUUAUCUGCACCCAAAAUACCUCAAUCUCCAACAACAAAACCACCCAAAUGUGGUUAAACCAAAAUGCCAUACUUUCCACCAUUUUAGCAUAAUGUACACUUAAAAUCCAAUCUAAUAACAUUAACUACACUAAUCUACAACCUGAAGUACCGUAUUUCCACCUUAAAUAGUCUUAAUCAUCCCACAUUCACUUAUACCUCAUGCAAAUGCCCUAAUCCCCACCCAUAGGAAACCAAAAUACCAACAUCUCCACUUCAAAUGACAUAAUUUACCGUAAUCACUAGUCCAUUGGUCUUACAGCCAAAAUGCCACACCGGUCCGGUUUUGAAUCUAAUCUCCACCUGAAUUCUCAGACCAAAUCGGAUUUUAGAGAAAGGUGGAGGCUCAGCACUUCUGGUGUCUGAAAUUGUGUCCUGGCGUCUUGCCUAUUUUGGGCCUCAGAGCUUUUAUCUAUUAUUAUUACAUGUCAUUAGCUGAACCUCUGACUCAGUUUUUUUUUUCUAAAAAAUAAAUAAUGAAUAAUAAACAGAAUUAACAUAAUUAUUAAUAGACAAACACAUGAACAGUGAUGUGUCGAUGCAUGGCUGUCUUGAUGUGAUGCACUUUUAGAAAUUUUACCGUGGAGGUCAUUGAACUCUAAAACACUGUUUUGUCUGUGUAAAGUGAAUAAUAUCAAAGAGCUAUUCAAUGUUUUUUUUUUUUUUUAUUUUAAGAUGAAAAAAAAAAACCUCAGAAAUGUUACUUCAGAGAAAGCAGUUUAUAUGUCGACGUUACUGAUGGUGUAGCAUUUGGUGAAGAAGGUUUUCAUGAGAUGUGUUUUGUAAGAGCAUUUCUUCCAGAUCGUGAUGUAUGAAAUUUAUCGUAAAUGAGGCUCGUUUAUGCACUUUUGUACUACGUCACUUUCCAUCCACGUUGGUGUUGAUCUCAUGCUUUAACAUACACCAGGGUUGAUGAUAUAACUGGUAUAACGAUACGUAUUGUUGUACGCGAUGUGAAAUUAGGUAUCGUCAGGAAAUUUUGAAUAUUGUGAUGUCAAAAAUAUCAUGUUCCUGGCCUUCGAAGAUGCAUUGCAUGAUAAUGACCCAAUAAUCCAUUAGUGUAUUGGAGGGAGAAAAAAAAGGAUUUAGUCUUAGUGGUCAUUCAUUGGGGAAUGAAAAGCACAAUAUCACAAAAUGUCAUAUUCUUGCUAAUCCAUGUGU